AUGUCUCAUUUCAAAUUAAUUUCCUCUACUAAAGCUUCUGAUGUCAUACCAGUAAAUAAAUACGUCUCCGAAAAGACGGGAUUGACGGUAAUAAUAGCGGACGUAGAGGGACCGCUCGUCAAUGGAUUCUUUUGCCUAGCCACCGAAGCUCACGACGACGAUGGGCUACCACAUACCCUAGAACACCUUAUUUUCCUGGGGUCGGAACGAUAUCCUUAUAAAGGUAUACUUGAUUUAUUGGCUAAUCGCUGUAUGGCCCAUGGGACCAAUGCUUGGACAGACACUGAUCAUACAUGUUAUACCAUUUAUACGGCGGGAGAUGAAGGAAUGCUGACACUGCUUCCAAUUUACUUGGAUCACAUUCUAAGACCCACUCUAACAGAUCAAGGCUUUAUUACUGAAGUUCAUCAUAUUGAUGGAGAUGGUGAAGAUGCUGGAGUUGUUUAUUGUGAAAUGCAAGGGCGUGAGAAUACAGCAGAUAGCAGAUGUGAGCUGCGUUUAUUACGUGCUAUGUACCCAAACAGUGGCUACUCCUCAGAAACAGGGGGUAUUAUGAAAAACCUUAGAACUUCCACCUCCAAUACAAAAGUUAGAAACUUCCAUAAGAAAUUCUACAGAGCUGAGAAUCUAACAAUAAUUCUCACGGGUCAAAUUGAAGCUGAAGAUGUUUUUAAAGCAUUAUCCCUCGUAGAGGACGACAUCAUUGCCAAGAAAGAAAAAGAACCACUUGAACAAUGGGUGAAACCAUGGCAGACGAUACCUCCAGCACCAUUAUAUGGGGACUAUACGGAACAGUGGCCUGCUGACACUGAAGACUGUGGACAAGUACUAUUUGGAUGGCGUGGUCCACUCCUGACGGAAGAGACUGCAAUGAAAGAUCUUACUGCGUGUGCGGUUUUAUUACGAUAUCUAUGCGAUACUGCUGCGGCACCGUUGCAGCGUUGUCUCGUCGAACGAGAAGACGCUCUUGCUGGCGAUGUCUCAUACAACUUAACGGAAAACCUAGCGCCCUUAAUCAAGAUCGAAUUAGAUAAUGUGCCAAUAAAUAAACUCGAGGCGGCUCGCAACGAAGCUCGGAAAUGUUUAGCCGGCGUACGUUCGGGUGAAGAGGCAAUUGAUAUGCAAAGAAUGCAAAGGUUACUGCAGAAGCAGCUUCGAGAAAGCAUGGCUAGUCUUGAGUCCGAUCCCCACCAUGCAGUUGCGUUUCGGUGUAUUGGGGACUCUUUGUAUUCUCAGAAUGAAAAAGAUUUUGUUUCACGGAUGAACCCUCAACAAGUGUUGCAUGAACUUUUGGAAGAAUCUUCAGAGUACUGGGUGGGGCUUUUAAAAAAGUACCUAACUGAAGACUCUGUCACCAUUGUAGGCUCGCCGAGCAUCGAGUUACAAGCUAAAAUGGCAGAAGAAGAAAAGAAAAGGAUAGAAGCACAGAGGGAACAACUGGGCGAAACUGGACUAGUCGAAAAAGGCAAGCAACUUGAAGAAGCUAUGGAAUACAAUGAGCGUCCCCCACCUGCAGGAAUGUUAACUUCUGUUCCAGUGCCAUCAUGUGAAAAUCUGAAAUGUCAUAAAAUCUCCACAUGGAGCACUGACGGAGAACCCUGCCCAUACUUUGAUCUUAAGGAACUGCCGCUAUACACCAGAGUCCACAGUCUUAAAACUAACUUUGUUUAUAUAAAUCUGAUCCUAGACACGUCGAACGUAGACCAGAACACACGUAAAUGGCUAACACUUCAUUUGAACGGGCUAGCGGAAUGUCCGGUGCGUCGCGGGGACACCCUCGUGCCGCACGAGGAAGUCAUCUCGACCACGGAACAACUUACGGUCAUGUUCAGCAAUAAUAUCGGCUUCGAUCGCCCCGGAAACUUCGCCGUUGGACAAUUCGGCAAUUUUGUACACAUAGAAACCAGGUGUGAACCGUCGGAUUACAUAGAAGUUGUGAAUCAUUUGUACGAAGUUCUGUACUGUUCUGAACUCACGAAAGAACGGCUGCUAGUGUUUGCUCAAAGGUUAAUCAAUGACGUAGCGCAGGUACGCCGAAAUGGUCACAAAAUGGUAUACGACACGCUCCGCGACACCUUCUACUCCAAAGACAGUAACGUUCAUUGGAGUUUCGUUCUACGACAGCAAAAGUUCCUUAAAGACCUCAUUGAACAAUUAAACGCGGGUGGAGAUUCAGCCGAGGCCGCGCUUGCUGAGGCUAAACAAACCUUUAAAAACAUUGUAGGCAAUGUUUGGUUGCAUUUGGCGACAGACUUUGAGAGAUACAAACUGAGCACAGAACCUUGGAAGCAGUUUGCUAGGGAAAAUGAGAUAACACCUCUUCAGCCAAAAUUAUAUUGGGACGCGGAGCUGAUGUCGGACUGUGGCGGCGGAUUUGUGGUGGGCGUAGGCGGUGUAGAGUCGUCGUACCUAGCGCAGCUCAGCCCCGGCCCGCUGGGGCACGAGCUGGCCGACAUUGCGCCGCUGCUCGUCGUGCUCAACUAUUUCACGCAGCUCGAGGGCCCGAUGUGGCGGCUGAUCCGCGGCGGCGGGCUGUCGUACGGGUACGGCGUGCGCGCGGCGCCGCACGAGGGCCGCCUCGUGUUCUCGCUCUACCGCGCCACCAACGCGCCGCAAGCUUACACCAAGGCUAAAACCAUUGUGGAGGAGUUUUUGAAAGACGGCAAAUUCGAUGAGGAUCUAUUCGCCUCAGCGAAGAGCACGGCUUUGUUCGAAGUUGUAGAAAACGAAAAAUGCCCCGCUGAUGUUGUGAAGCAAUCUCUACUCAAUUAUAUAAGACGUGUUAGCGACACGUAUAACAGGCAGCUGGUGUGCGCGGUGGCGGGCGUGGAGCCGCGCGGGGCGCAGGGCGCGGCACAGCGCUGGCUGCGCUCGCUGUUCGCGCACAGCGGCCUGGCCGUCGUCUGCCACCCCACCAAGGUCAACGACCUGCAGCAAGCCUUCCAAAAAAUAAACGUCAAAUUGGAUGCAUUUGAAUCAAUGGAAGCGUCUCAUUUUAAUAAGUAA